CGCGCGCCCGCUACAGCCACCAAAACCGUAGAACCAUCGCUACGGCGUAGACGCGCUACGAACCAGCCGCGUAAACUUCGUACGACGUUCAGUGCUUUUUUGACCCCACAUCCCACCAUGAGUUACUCCCGGACAGUGGCGUUGUUGGCAGCAUUGUGGCUGGUGGCUGGAGCCACCUCCACCCCAGUCAGACGCUCCCCAGACCUCGAAGCCAGGCGCAGAAGUGCCAUCGACCGGAGUAUGAUAAGAUUCGGCCGCUCAUACCCACCAGAACCAUCAGCGGCAGACCUUAGAGAAGCAUUCCAGCGCCCCAGUCGACGAGGCAACAGCUUCCUUCGCUUCGGCCGCUCCCAACCACUCACACUCUCCACCGAAGACCUGGUCUCCCUCCUUCGAGCAUAUGAUGAAGACUACGACGUCCCCAUGACCAAGAAGUCAGCUAGCUUCGUCCGUUUUGGCAGGGACCCCAACUUCAUCAGGCUAGGACGUUCAGUCGAUGAUGAUAAGACCUACGAGCAGAAUUCUGAGCUGGUGGUCAGCGGAUACCCUCAGAGGAAAAGCCGAGCGAGGGACCACUUCAUCAGGCUUGGCAGGGAUAGCGAAGAAGUCAAUGAGAAUGAGUUUGAGGAGUCAGAAGACAGCAGAAGGAAGAGGUCUGUUGACGCAUGCCAUGACUGCCAGUCGUAAUUUCGUUGUUACGUGUACAUUACUGUAUUUACCGCUGUAUGGGAAUUUUAUUGUGAAUUCAAUAGGCAAUGGAUAGCAGUUUUUCAAAAUUUUACUGUUUUUAUUUUAUUAAAUGAAGUUUUAAAAAUUUUAAAUGUAAUCGUAUAUUGUAAAGUUUUAGUUUUAUUUUUGAACUGCUAUCUCCUUUGCCUGUUUUUUAAAUCUGUCAAUUUUAAAACAAUUUUUAUGGUAAACAAUUGUUCAAUUUUCAUUUAUUUUUGUUACAUUUUAUUCCCAAAUAUAUAUGACGGGCAAAAGUUUUCUAAUGAGGCUAAACUACGUGGUGCAUUGAUGUUUUAAAAAUGAAAAUAGUUAUUUAUUGUAAGUAUUCAUAUUUUAGAAAAUACAGUUAAACAUUUUAUUCAUAUUUUAAUAAUGUAUAAUAAUUAUCUAAAAGCAUAAUACGCUUACUUAUUUGAUCUCAAAUUAAUAUAUUAAUUUUAAAUAUUCUAAAAUAAACUAAAAUCUGAUUGAUAAUAUUGUAUAAAGUCUAUAAAAAGAUAAUUUAAAAAAGAACUACAUUUAAUUUCACAAAUUCAAUUCAUUUAAAAUAAUUAACACAAAAUAUUUAUAAAUAAAAUAAAAUAAAAUUGUACAUUAAAAGUGUUAGCAUCUGAAAUAGGCUGGGUGUUUCAAUUUCGGAUGCCCACACUAAUUUAAAAUUUACAUUUAAUCCCGCAAAAUAUAUAUUUUAAAUAUUAAUUGGUGUUAUAAAUAAUAAUAGUUAAUAAAUGUAUUGAAUUGUUGCAAUACUUAAUAAAGCAUUAUUAUGUAAUGAUGAACAUUCAUUUCAUAUUUUAUUUAAAUAAAUGAAGUUUAUCGUA